AUGAGGACACUAUCUUGGAGAGCAUCUGGCUGCUGUAAAAUUGCCUUUGAGAAAUCGUUGAGUCUGGUUGUAGUUAGUUGUGAUAGAUAUUAUGUAGUUUCUCAGCCGUUAAAAAAAAGAAUAAGUAAACAAAACGCUCAGUUUGUAAUCUUAGCUACGUAUGUUUUAGCUGCAUGUGUAGCAUUACCCAUAGCAUUCCGGACAAAGUUCGUGGAAGUUUUAUAUGAAGGACAAUUUGUAGGAAUUUGUACUGAGAUUUGGUCAUCGUCUCAAUCUAAGACAGUAUAUACAAUCAGUUUACUUUUACUUCAUUUCAUUAUUCCAUUGAUGAUAAUGACAGUUUCAAACAUUCACAUAGUUCAUAUUCUGUGGACAAAGAAGAUUCCUGGGGAGCCAGAUGAGAAAAGAGAUAGAAGAGUUGCCGGCUCUAAACGGAAGAGUGUGAAAAUACUGGUAUCUAUGGUGAUAAUAUUUGCAGUGGCGUGGCUACCUAUGGAAGUAUUAACCCUGAUCGGAGUAACUGACUAUGCCUUGCUAGACAACAAAGUUUCUUAUUUGUUAUGGACAUUUAGUCAAUGGUGGACUUUUAUAAACUGUGUUUCCAGUCCCCUAUUGUAUUUUUGUUUUAUCAAACGUUAUAGAAAAACUUUUAAGGAAAUAUUUGCAAAAGCAAGAGGUAUACGACUGUUAGAACUUGUAUGUUGUGUGAGAAAGUCAUCAGUUCAUUCAAAAGAGGUCGACAUAUUUCUUUAA